GAAAGAUCCAUUUCUAAAGGAAACUGUAUUCUGUUAGCUUUUCUCCAAAUAUUGACGAAAAAAUCAGUUUUAUUUCUAUUAAAAGAAGGUGAAAUUGGUUUCUUGCUUUUUCUAUUGAGAAAGAAGUAAUCGUUUGCCAGGAUGUUUGGCGGAGGUUUCUUUUCAGAAGAUUAUAAUGGCUUUUCUAUGAUGUCUCAUUUGCGCUCAGCAUUUGAAGACCCUAACCAAAAGUUUGAUGCUCAUUAUCGAUGCUAUCCUGCUGCUAUGAUGCCUGGAGAAAAAGGAAUAAGUGUAAAUUAUGGAGGAAAAGUGAUUCUUCCUCCCUCUGCUUUAGAAAAACUUUCUCGGUUGAAUGUCAGCUACCCAAUGUUGUUUGAAUUUGAGAACGCAGCUGCCCAGAAAAAGACCCAUGGCGGUGUGUUAGAGUUCAUUGCUGAAGAAGGAAGAGUUUAUUUUCCUUAUUGGAUGAUGAAUACACUGGAUUUGGAACCAGGAGACAUUGUACAUGUUAUCAAUACUGACAUUUCUCAAGGAAGCUUUGUAAAGUUGCAACCUCAAAGUGUCAACUUUUUGGAUAUUAGCGAUCAUCGAGCAGUUUUGGAAAGCGCACUGCGGAACUUUAGCACGCUUACGAGGAAUGAUAUCUUUGAAAUUUUAUAUAAUGGCGAAGUUUUUAGGAUCAAAGUUAUUGAUGUCCAGCCGGAUGACUCUCGCGGUGCCGUGUCAGUGAUUGAAACAGAUUUAGUCGUUGACUUUGAGACGCCUGUUGGGUAUGAAGAGCAUUUACAAGAAAAGGAGAAAGAACGCGUCGCCUCGAUUAAAGGAACGAUGAUUCAUAGAAUCAAGUAUAACGAUCUUGUGAAACAAGGCCAAGCUUCAACGAUGAGAGGUACCGGUUCUAAAUUAAAUGGAAAACAGAUAGAGGAAGAAGAAACAGCUGAAACUGACAAGUUUGACAACUUGGAACAGCAAGAGUGCCCGGCGCCUUUGAACUUGCCGAUUGGUGCUUACUUUUUUGGGUAUCCCUACAAGCCGCCUACUGGAAGUGAAGAAGCCGCUACCAAAAAACAAUCUCACACCUUUCAAGGUGCUGGAACUUCUCUUCGUUCGUCCCGCAAUGCUGAAAAAGGUCGAGGAAAGAAAUCUAGUUCUGGUUUAAAGGAUGAUCCCAUCAACGUUGACGCUUAAUGACUCCGUGUUUGACUCAAUGAUUGUAAUUGAUACUUUUUCACGAAAAUUUUAUGAUCUCGAACCUUUCUCUAUUUUCUUUUGAUGUCAUAGAGCUUGUUGAGCAAGCUCUAUGUCGCGCUUAGGCAUUGUAUGUUAGGGAAUAGUUGCAUUAACAAUAGAAGCAUACUUUUACAAAAGGUUACAGUGGAUUUACAGUACCUGUCUGAAUUUAUUCUACACUUUAAAAAUAUCGUAUAUAGUUCGUAUUAUCUGCUCUACUA